GGCUUCUUUAGGAGAAGCAUUCAAAAGCAGAUAGAAUACAGGUGCCUGAAGGACGGCAACUGUCUGGUCAUCAGAAUAAGUCGGAACCGCUGCCAGUACUGCAGAUUCAAGAAGUGCCUAGCUGUCGGCAUGUCCAGGGAUUCCGUUAGAUACGGCAGGGUGCCGAAACGUUCGAGGGAACGUGGCCCCGAAGACGCAGUACCGACCACCACGACAACGACCACCACCACUGGUGUACAGCAACUCACGUCUCCCGCUAGUGGCAACAACAACAACAACACCACCAAUAACAACAACAACAACAACAACAACACCAGCAGCCAGAACAACAACAACAGCCAGCCCCAGAACGCCAUACCCUGCGUGCCACCUGCUGCAGUGGUGGAAGCGGACCAGUCAGACGCGGAUGUGAAACAGUUGGCGGUGUACGACGUGAUACUUCAAGUUUCCCAGGCGCACCACGCUCACUGCGGCUUCACCGAGGAGUCAACGAGGGGCAUCGUCCGGAAACCGAUGAUAAUACCGGCGAGUACUUCUUCGCAGCCCGCCAGUCCAGAGGACCCAGAGGCGGCAUCCUCGACAGCAGAAACAGUUGAAUCGCAAAGGAUCUGGCUUUGGCAACAAUUCGCCACUAGGGUAACGCCAUCGGUGCAAAGAGUGGUGGAGUUUGCCAAAAGGGUGCCAGGAUUUUGCGAUCUUUCGCAGGACGAUCAGCUAAUCCUGAUUAAGGUCGGUUUCUUUGAGGUCUGGCUAAGUCAUAUCUCAAAGAUGACCACUGACAGUUCGAUGACAUUCGAGGAUGGUACUUAUAUCACUAGGCAACAAAUGGAAUUGAUGUACGAGCCAGACUUUGUGUCCGCUUUGAUGCAAUUCACAUCGGCCCUAAAUGCCCACCAAUUGUCGGACACCGAGUUGGGUCUCUUCUCCGGUGCCGUUCUACUGGGUGAAAGGCCGGGUUUGAACGACGUGAAGGCGGUGCAGAGGCUUCAGGACCGUCUGUUGGAGGCGCUAAAGGUGCAAGCGCUGCGGAAUCACACAGUUUCCGGCGAGGCUACCUCCGCGAGCGGCUGUUCCGGCGUUUCGAGCGUCUCACAAAGGAUACCAGAAUUAAGGGCCCUGGGUGCCAGACACGCGAAUCUCCUUGACUGGUUCAGGAGGAACUGGACUAAGCUCAAAUUGCCACCCCUGUUCGCUGAGAUAUUCGACAUUCCCAAGUGUGAGGAAGAUCUUCAAUGAAGAGAAUGUUUCAGAGCACAUCGAGUUAAUUCGACGAGAAUGAAUGGCCCUGCCGGAAGAAUCUUUCUAAUUACCGGCGUUCAUCGCACAAACGCAGCUCGGACUUCGAGGACGAUUUGUUUCUGCUCGUUGGCGAUGGCGUACAGCGAUACGAUGACGAGACGACGCUCGGUUUGAUUAAGAAGAACAGAUAAACUAAGCGAGAAUCGUUGCAAUCUGACACGAUAUAGUUGCUGAAUUUCGCCACCAUGGAAUCCAUCGUGUGCUCUUCGCCUGAUUUACGAACAGGCAGGAAGAUGGAUCGUUUCUUGUGGCGAAGGGUACAGAUUGCCGAUUGAAACACUCUUGACACGAUGUACGAGAAGGAGAAAGUUUAUUCGAUUAACA